GGCGGCCGUUCGGCGGGCGUUCCAAAAGCGGUAUAGCAGCUCCAGCUUGCCGAGUGGCAGCCCCGUCCGCUCUGUUGGAGAAUUAUCCGGCUUCAUCGUCUCCAAAGCUCCAGAACCGUUAUUCAACCUCCGCCUUCCUUGACCUCUCCUGCAUGCUUUCUCUCGUUAGCCCUUCAUUAGUUGCAAACCGGUCCUUUAUCACCGUGCGUAAUUUGCCCGCACCUUUCUUCGCAACUGGCUCGAAUCCCGUGGCUUUUCGUGGCUGAUUAAUUGCCAUUCUGAUCGUCCGGGUGAUUUCCCUAUCUCAACACUCCCUUUGUACUGUUAAAACGGAAUUUCGAAUCGAGGGGGCAGCGUGGAGGUUAGGUCUUGAAAGACUGGGUUGUUGGAUAAGAACGGUGAAGGCCGCUGAAGGCGAUAACUCGGCAUGAUGUCUGCUACGUUGAAUGGGACAUAUAACUCGGCCCCGGAUACACCGUCUCCCGUCUAUCCAGACAGAUUGAUUCGACCACUUCCAAAACGUACCAUUCGCUCCCGUCUAUCUUUAGAGGCUGCCGAUUCCAUUCUAUAUCCCUUAUCUCCGCCGAGCACGCGGGUUUUUUACGGCUCGUCUGUAGAGGGUGGCGAUUCGGGCAACGAUUCCAAAGUCUACGUGCAGCAGGACAUUGAUAGUGAGACUCAGGAUCAUAGUCCCGAGCGUGACCACCAUCACCCCUACGAAAAUGGAGUUGACUUUGAAAGCGGUGACGAGGAUGGACCCGUAGUUGUGCGUCGAAGUGCAGGAUUUCGUGGAUCUUCUCUGUCCCCUGCUGCCUCAGGCACUUACACAGCAAAGUACUCAGAUACCAUCGAUAGACCUGAGACCAAGUUGCUGGUGGGGCCAGACGGUUAUGACGCCUUUGAAAAUACAAACAACAAGAAGAAACGCAAAAUCCCCACCCCUGCCAACUUGAGCAGCCAUCACUCUACUUUGUCCCAUGACUUUGCCAAUAUGGGGCUUUCCAUCUCCAAAUCAACGCCUCCCGCGACGGCUAGUGAUGGAAACACCACUGGUACGUACCAUGGCACUGGAAGUCCCGCGUCUCCUGCAGGCAGUGGAAUUUCGGGGUCUGGACGUGGCCGCCUUGCACGCAACAUCGCGCGCCAUCUCAGUGGAAGAAGUCCAUUAUCAGUCCAUACUCAGAACAACUUGGUUAAUGGUCGUACGACGGGCUGUCGUGACCAGUUGAUAUCUCCACCAGAGUCAACAGGCCUCGAGUCGCCUGGCAAGUCCGACCAAGGUAUCAUCUCAGCCGCUAUAGCAAACGCCGCCGUACAUUCCUCUCCCAGUUCAGGCAACGGUAGCUUGCUUGAGCAGCAGAAUACGACCCCAACCAAGACACAAUUUACCUUCACGUGUGAGUCUGAUUCCUCGAAAGGGAUGGCACUGCAAGGGCAAAGUCCCUAUGCAGUCCAACGACAGCUGCAACCGCAUCGACCUGCGGUAACUUCUUCGACGACAGCCCAACCUCGACGAGCGGUUUCCACGCAGGCCACGCAGACAAGCCCCAACAUGACGACCCAUGCACAGGCUGGUUCACAACAGCAGCAACCGCAACAGCAACAACCCCAAGGUGCUGAAGCAGGUGGCACUGGCAGAAAAAAGAAGAGGUCUCCAGGAAGCAUAUACGCGUUGGCCGCGCGUCAGCGAAAGAUCCAACAGCAAUAUACGAACCUGCAUCGUCCACCUGCCCCCGAAGACAUAUGGAUAUGUGAAUUCUGCGAGUAUGAGAGUAUAUUUGGCCGCCCACCUGAAGCGCUGAUCCGACAAUACGAGAUCAAAGACCGCAAGGAGCGGAAGCGACUGGCGGAGAAAAGAAGGCUGUUGGAGAAAGCAAAGAUGAAAGGACGCAAGGGCAAAAAGGCGACUAAAAAAGCUGCAGCACAGCAGGCUGCUCAUCACCAUCAUCACCAGGGAUGCGACCGGGCGUCUGGGGACCAUUCAUCUGCCGAUGCCUACGGCUGCAUGCAUGAAGAUGACUACUUGGCCAACGAAUACGACGAGGAACCUAUACCAAUCUCUGCGCCCGCUCCAUCGCUCUCUUCCUUGAAGUUAUCCACCUCCCCUGGAAACCAACCAAAAGCAACGACGCCCGCUGGUGGAGUCAACGGUGUAGCAGGCGGAGGAACUAGUUUACCAUCCUGAUGACUGGGUUGGCCGGCUCAUACAUUACGUGGUCUGUGCCGCGGUUCGACCGUUGGCAUGGGUCUGGCAGCUCUUUUAGAGCAAUUCUGAAACAGUCCCUACUGGCGCUAGACCAGUUGAUUGGGCCGGCAGGGUCUCCAGCCCGACCUAUUGUCUUCUUUAUCUUUCUUUAUUUCGUCGGUCUUUGUUGUUCUUCUUUCUGAUCACAGCCUGGUGCGGGGCGUGUUGUUGUUCAAGUUAUUAUUUUUUCUUUAACUUCUCUUUCAGGAUGCUUCUUGCAUCGAUGAGAUAAAUCCCCACUCAUAUGCAUACGCCGAAUAUUAAAACUAGCAGAUCCGCAGACUUUGAAACGUUGGCAAAGCGGCAUCGUUUGAACAUGAAUUGUCAUGCUGAAAUGUCCAUGGAUGGUAACAGCGAAGGAAUAUGUAUGCUUUGUCGGUGUUAAUCUUCUUUCUUUUCUCUUGUCUAUUUAUUUUCUCUUUCUAUUUCUCUCAUCCCGUUUCCUUAUUACUACAUGUAUGAAGUAACCCUCAAGGGAGAAACUAUGUUGAACUUAGGAAGUACUCGACAGAAAAAAGACAAAAAAAGCCAUUGAUAGGAAUAAACUAGUUAUUAUUAACAUAAACGAGUAUGA